AUGGCAAUCCUUGCAAUGGCACGCAUGCAUCUCAACAGCAUCACAACGGCUCAAAGUUCGUUGCCAGAGCUCUUUCGGGUCAAGAUACUCGUGACUAAUGAACCGCGGGAAUCAGGGGCAUUUCAACCAGAAAUAAUGGCUCCAGACACAGCAAACACCGUCGGGCAGGCUUCACACGAUAUCUUCUUUACUAUCGAUCCAAUCUCGGGGGUAUUGUCGCCUCCUUCGCUGAUCCGUGAUGUGUCGCGAAUCAAUGACAACUCGUUUACAUCGGCAGCGGACCGGAGCCACAACGCUGGCAACGUCUCAACGAUUGCUUUUACUUCAACCUCUCAUGAGACACGGCGCGCCUCAAAGCCCCCGAUGCCGCCAUCAAUGGACGGAAUAUUACUAGCUACACGCCUGAGCACAGCCGCCGCAAGUCCGAUGGGUGAGGAUUUGCUCCCGGCGAACAACUUUGAGAUGGAAUCGAUGGAAUUGAUGUCCAGUGACGAGAUCACAUCAGAAGGGCUCAACAUAUCCAUCGCAGACAUGUCGCAGUCUCCUUCUGAAGCUGGAUCUUGGGUUAGCGAACGGCAAGAGAUCCAUCGCGGCCGGUUCGAUGCGUAA